UGUAAUAUUCAAAAAUAAAAAAAAAAGGGCAACGAUGUAUAAAAUUGUGUACCCCCAUCCAUCGAACCAGUAGAUCCACCUCCAUCCAGUCGAUCGAAGACCCCGAUCCAUUGAACCAGUCGAUCCACCUCCAUCCAGUCGAUCGAAGACUUCGAAGAAUUGUGUGAAUGUAAGAGGUGCUUGAUUUCUGAAAUAGCUUUAGAGAGAAUAAAAUGAGUAUUGUGCCGAAGGAGACUAUUGAGGUCAUAGCGCAAAGCAUUGGGAUUAAUAGCCUAUCUCCAGAUGUUGCACUUGCUCUUGCUCCUGAUGUGGAGUACCGUAUGCGUGAAAUAAUGCAGGAGGCAAUCAAAUGCAUGCAUCAUUCAAAGAGAACUAUGUUGACAACAGAUGAUGUUGAUAGCGCACUCAACUUAAGAAACGUUGAGCCAAUUUAUGGAUUUGCCUCCGGGGAUCCUUUACGGUUCAAAAGAGCUGUUGGACACAAGGAUUUGUUUUACAUUGAUGACAAGGAUUUGGAUUUUAAAGAUGUGAUUGAAGCGCCUUUGCCAAAAGCACCACUUGAUACUUCAAUUGUUUGUCACUGGCUGGCUAUUGAAGGUGUACAACCUGCUAUUCCAGAAAAUGCUCCUGUGGAAGUUAUUGCUGCUCCUUCUGAUAACAAAAAACCUGAGCAGAAAGAUGAUCUUCCUGUCGACAUUAAAUUACCUGUUAAACAUGUAUUGUCUAGGGAGCUUCAGCUAUACUUCGAUAAAAUCACCGACCUUGCUGUGACUAGGUCUGACUCGGUCCUUUUCAAGGAAGCCUUGGAGAGUUUGGCAACAGACUCAGGACUUCAUCCUUUAGUUCCUUAUUUUACCUACUUUAUUGCCGAUGAGGUUUCCCGUGGUUUAAACAAUUUCCAUCUGUUGUUUGCUCUGAUGCGUCUUGUUGGGAGCCUUCUCCAGAAUCCGCACAUACACAUAGAACCUUAUCUACACCAGUUGAUGCCAUCGGUUGUUACCUGCCUUGUUGCAAAGAGAUUAGGGAACCGAUUUGCUGACAACCACUGGGAACUUAGAGACUUCACAGCAAACUUGGUUGCUUCAAUUUGCAAGAGAUUUGGGCAUGUUUAUAAUAAUCUCCAGACACGCUUGACAAAGACUUUGGUCCACACACUCUUGGACCCAAAAAGGGCAAUGACUCAACACUAUGGUGCUAUACAGGGGUUGGCAGCUCUAGGACCUAAUGUGGUCCGCCUUCUUGUUCUGCCAAAUCUGGAGACAUAUAUGAAACUUCUUGAACCAGAGAUGCUUCUAGAAAAGCAAAAGAAUGAGAUGAAGAGGUACGAAGCUUGGCGUGUUUAUGGGGCUCUGCUGCGUGCUUCAGGUCAAUGCAUAUAUGAUCGGCUGAAGUUGUUCCCCCAUUUAUCAUCCCUGCCUCCAAAUGCUGUCUGGAGGACCAAUGGAAGAGUUGUUACCGCAAUGCCAAACAAUAAACGCAAGGCAAAUGCGGAUCUCUUGGAGCAGCAGCCUCCCCACAAGAAAGUCGCUACCGAUGGCCCAAUGGUCAUACAGUCUAACAAUUCCAUGCCAUCAGAUAUCCGAGGAGACCUAGGAGUUGCAGCACCUUUGGGUGAUUCUGAAGCGGGCCCAUCAUCAUCGUCAUCUUCUAGAAGGAUCCCUAGCGAGGGCAUUUCAGGUAGCAGCGGAAGUAGAGUAAGCAGCAGCAGGGGUGGUGAUCAAGCUUUGAAGAUGUCGGCUGUUCUCAAUCAGGCUUGGAAGGAUGACCUAAACUCUGGCCGUCUUCUGGUCUCAUUGUUUGAACUGUUUGGUGAAGGUAUUUUCAACUUCAUUCCAUCUCCCGAGAUGUCAUUGUUUUUGUAAUUAUUUGGAGAAAGGAUUUAAACUUUUGUUGUGUAGUAAUCAGUUACUGAUUGAAGAAAAUUGGUCUUAAUCAAAAGAACAGAGAUGUAUAUGGCCUAA